ACAUGAAAGCUCCAUGCUUUAGCAUCGACGCUACAAUCCCCUCCCAAAAACCUCCAUUCCCAUAACUCACAUCUCUCUCUCUCUCUCUCUCUCUCUAAUUAGAUAAUCCAAAGGAUUAGGGUUAAUAAUCUGGGAUUUAUGGAUAAUCAAAGCAAUGCUCUUCUUAGCUGGGCUUACUACUCUCAUGGAAAGACGACGGAGGAACUAAGACAGACUCUUCUGUACACUACACUGGAGCUAGAACAAACAAAAAUGGUGGCUCAUGAGGAAUUGAGGAAGAGAGAUGAACAAUUGACUCACCUCAAAGAUAUUCUAACCAAAACCAUAAAGGAAAGAGACGAAGCACUCGAGAAAUGCCAACGCCUCAUCUAUGACAACCUCCUACUCCAGCAGCAGCAGCAGCAGCAACAGCAGAAGCAUAUCCCUCCGCCAUUGUCGGGAGCUUCAAGCAUUGAAGACGAGCAACUUCAGCCACCGCCGCAGCCACAGCCGCAACAGCUCGGGUCUGACAAGAGUUUCUCAUCAUCGGAUUGCGAAGAUAGCAUCGUUUCACCAACUGUGAUUGAUCCGGUGACCAACCCAUCUUCUGCCGGAACCGAGAUCAUACCCUCGUUACUGCCAGAGAAGCCAUUGCCCGAAAAGGGCAAGCUUUUGCAAGCUGUUCUCAAAGCAGGUCCUCUGCUUCAGACACUCCUCUUAGCCGGUCCUUUGCCUCAGUGGCGCCACCCGCCACCGCCUCUCGAAACCUUCGAGAUCCCUCCGGUGACCGUUCCACCGGCUACUUCGCAGUUUCAAGGUCCAAUUGUCAACAACGGCUGUGGCAAAUUCAACAGGAAAAGGGUAUUCUCUGACGGGUCGUAUUCUCCCGCAGAGACGAAGUGUCAGAAAGUUCUUCUUCAUUGACCAGGAAUUCGACAACAAUGGCUGCUGAAAAACCCUAGCAACUGAUCUUUAUCCUUACUCAUGUAGUGCUAAUAGUCUCUAAUAUACACCAUAUAUAAUACCAAUCACCUUUCAGUAAUGGUCUCAAUUAGGGUUUUCCAGCGAGAGUGGUGAUCAUUUUAGUCAAGUCUGUACAUAGGGUCUCAACUGUGGUGAAGAAAGAUUCUCAGGCCAGAGAAUUAGGGUUUUAGAUUUAGAGCGAUGGGGAAGAAAGAGGAACUGAACCUCCCCUGGUUUAACUCAAACUGAAAAACAUGAGUUACUACUAAGUGAGAGUUUGCUGCCUUUUUUUUUUUUUUGUUAAAUCUCUCUAAAUCCAAUUUCACAUUCAUGAUUUGGAUGCAUGAUGUGAAGUGGCAAUGGUUUUUUUCUUGUUUUUUUUUUGUGUGUGUGUGUUGUUCUUCAUUUUUCUCCAAACAUCAUUUGGGUUUAUGAGUUUACAUGUAAUGUGAUGUAUUGUGUUAUGUUAUAUAGUCCGUUGUAAUGUAUAGUUUUGUUGGGAGUUUGCA